UAGACAGUCCACUUCGCGGCAUUGCUCUUAGCUUACAUCUUUCACGCUUAAAAAAUCACUGAAUACUUCCUUCAUAUCGUAAUUACUUGUUACAACAAGUCUUGUUAAUUCUGUGUCUUAACAAAGCAAUAUAUUUGUAGAACUUAAUAAUACUUCAAUUAGCAUUUGGUAAAUUAUAUUUCCGCGUAUUUGUGCAAAGUUCCAGUGAUAACGUAAGCACUAACGUAAUACAUAAUUCAUCACGUCCAUGUGAAGUCUGCAUAAUACGUAAGCAAGUGUUUGACAAGUGUUGUGGUUUGACAUUGGAUUCGCAAGGACCAGCGGUUGGUGUUGCGGUCGUAGUGUUAUUUUGAAAUUUGGCUCGUUCGAAGCGUGCGCUAGAGUUGGAAGGAGCGUCGGCGCCGGCGCCGCGAGUGGAACGCGGCCGGGCCGAGGAGGCCGGAGUGCGGUGCCGGCCGCAUGUGCGAUGCGAUGCGCGACAAACUGGCCGCGUUGCUGCGUAGCUCGGUGCACGCGCCCGUUAUCGUCCCCGACACGGACAAGCUGCACAAUGGCGCUUUCAUACCAGUACACAUCUUCCCAGAAGAAGGGAGCGCACGCGAAGGCGGAUUGGUAUGGCGCGGGUGUUCCGCCAGCUGCGACGCCGAAGACGGCACGGCAGGAGCGCUCACCGACGGCAACGCCAACCCAGGAGACAAGUUGGAGGGGCCGGGCGCAGCUCCGGACGACCCUGUUCACCUCAAGAGACGGGUGGGACUCUUCAGUGGGGUGGCUCUAAUCGUCGGUACCAUGAUUGGAUCAGGAAUAUUCGUCUCGCCCUCUGGGCUUUUGGAGCGCACAGGCUCAGUGGGCAUAAGCUUCAUCAUAUGGAUGGCAUGUGGCCUGCUCUCGUUGCUUGGAGCGCUAGCGUAUGCUGAACUGGGGACUAUGAACACAUCAUCAGGCGCUGAGUACGCCUAUUUCAUGGAUGCCUUUGGAGGACCACCGGCAUUCCUGUUUUCAUGGGUAUCGACGUUGGUGUUAAAACCGUCACAAAUGGCUAUAAUUUGCCUGAGUUUCGCCAAGUACGCGGUGGAACCGUUUGUUUCGGAAUGUGAGCCGCCAGAUGCACUUGUUAAAUUAGUCUCGGUCAUUGCUAUCGUGAUGAUAUUAGCAGUAAACUGCUACAGUGUCAACUUGGCUACAAACGUACAGAAUAUCUUCACGGCUGCCAAAUUAGUGGCCGUUGCGAUUAUUGUUUGCGGAGGAGCUUACAAACUGAUUUUAGGUAAUACGCGACAUUUACAGGAGCCCAACUUCGCCAGUAGUACGGCGACUCUGGGCAACAUUGCCACCGCCUUCUACACUGGCCUAUGGGCUUACGACGGUUGGAAUAACCUCAAUUAUGUCACUGAGGAAAUUAAAAAUCCUUCCAAGAACCUCCCUUUGAGUAUAAUAAUCGGCAUUCCGCUGGUGACGCUGUGUUACGCGCUAGUGAAUGUGUCGUACCUGGCGGUGAUGUCGAUGAGUGAGAUGGUGGACAGCGAGGCAGUGGCGGUGACGUUCGGCAACCGGCUGCUCGGGCCCAUGGCCUGGCUCAUGCCGCUAGCCGUCACCAUCUCCACCUUCGGAUCGGCUAACGGAACUCUUUUUGUCGCUGGCAGACUGUGCUUCGCAGCAUCCAGGGAGGGGCAUCUAUUGGACAUACUGUCUUACGUGCACGUCCGUCGCUUCACACGCCCGGGACUGAUUUUCCACUCCUUGAUAGCCGUGGCAAUGGUAUUGUACGGGACGAUAGAUUCACUGAUCGACUUCUUCUCGUUCACGGCGUGGAUCUUCUACGGCGGCGCCAUGCUCGCACUGAUUGUUAUGAGAUACACGAAGCGCGCAC